AUGAAAUAUCCCGGCGGCAACCCAUCCACAAUGUUUUGCGAACAGGUUGGCACUGUGACGUCGCUCUUCGAGCAGUGGAAUGAUUGCGAACGGACAGUCGUGCUGUACGCGCUGCUGAAGCGCGUCCCAUUCGCCAAUCUAAAGUUUCUGCAGGUUUCGAUCGAUUAUAAUCUCGCGCAAAACUACAGCACCCAGGCUAAGCUGCAGCAGCUGGAAACGAAGGCCAACAGCACGAUCCUGCUGGGUAUGCUGGUGCAGCGUUACUAUCAGCUAAGCGGCCACAGCAGUGCCGCAGCCUCGCUGCUAAUCGGUGGCGCUCAGUUGAACAACAACAAUAACAGCAACAGUGUGAACAAUAAUCUCAAAACAAACACCGAAACGGGCACGCCGUAUGAGCUGCUGAAGAAAUCGUCCAGCCCGGCUGGGGAUGGUAGCGUACCAGUUGUCUUAAAAGAAUCUCCCGUCAUUAGCGCUACUACCAAUUCUUCCACGACAGCGACGAUACCACCGUCGGCACACAACCCACACGCGCCGAAGGGCGGUGGUGGCCAUGAGCAGCAGCUUCAGCGUGAACCGGAAACGAAGGAAGAUAUUUUAAAAGAUAUCCUCAUGUACCUGCCACUGCUGGCCCCGGGAAACGAUGAAGCCAAAAGUCUGUACAUGUCGCUAAUACCGGCAGCGGUAGAUGAUGCAUGCCGGCAGCUCGUACCGACCGAAAUUGUGCAGCAGACGCUGUCCUAUCUACUUAUACAUCCCGCUAUCACGAACGACGAUCGACGCGUUCUUAGCCACUGGUUGCGAUAUCUGGAAGAUUACAUUUCAACGUCGUACCUUCCGCCCGCUAGCACGGCAUCCGUCGUGAAGGGCCGCAACUUUUUUAACCUACAACAAGUCGCUGGAGUAACCAACGGUACAAGCAGCAGUAGCAGCAUUAACAGCAACGGUACAGCAGCAGUGCCCUGUACCACCAACCCACAUGUACAGUAUCUAUCAACAUCGACAAACUCUUCCAACGGAGGAGGAUUGGGUUCAAACUCAUGGACAAACGGAGCUUCAGCUCCGGGCUCGCAGAUCGUACCAGGUGCCGGUGCGGUUCAGCUUCCUUCAGCAGUGCACCACCUUCACCAGCAGCACCAGACGUCUGCGUCCGUGCUGUCGAAAUCGCAACAAAGCCUAAAUCAUACGACAACGACCGGCACCGUGUCCGGCGGCAACAGCAAUAAUAGCAAUAGUCAUAUCAACAAUAGUAGUAGCUCUAGCACGAGCUCAUCAUCCAGCUCAACCACCAGUUCCAGUUCCUGUCUGGAUAGUGCCGCGUCGCAGCUGUUGAAAACGGCGGCCUCUCCCAGAUUACCAGCGCAGCAGCAGGCAGCCGAUUGGGUACCCGAGCACGUAGAAGAGGGCAAAUCGGUGAACGAGUUUAGCAAGACGAUUGGACAGAGCUUGCUUGCAUCUAGUCAAUCAAUGAUGUGCAGCACCACUGGCAGCAAUGCUACUGGGAGUUCCCUAGUGUCGAGCAACGGUGGUGGUGGAGCUGGCAUUAGCGUGACACUACCACUACACAGUCAGCAGCAGCAACAACAACGGCCUACGGCGACGGGUAGUGGACCCACAGCCGAAAGUGCAACCUGCGAUACGCACCACGAUCUCAUGGCAGCCACGGAAUCGCUACUGUACGAUUCCACCGACGAGGAUCACAUUUCGUUCAGCAAAAAUGGGACCGAGAUAUUCGAUUACGAUUGUGAUUUCGAUAACGAGGACGAGUUUAACUAUAUAACGCGCAGUGCGGCUGCUAUCCGGGCAGCGGAAGCUGCCGCCCCGAAUGUCGUGUCGCUCAUUGCGUCCACUCCGGCUGGUUCCGGAGUCGGACCGGGAACGGCGGGACCAACGCAUACGACCGGUAAAAAGUUAGUCUCGUUCAAUAGUAACGUAAACGAUUUCUUGCGCGUGCCACUGCUCACUAACUUCGGCCAGCAUAGUCUUCUGACGUCGGCUGGCGCUAGCGUCGGUGGUGCACUGCUGGACCUAGAUCUGGACAGCACGCUGAUGAAAACGCGACGUUCCAACAGUCUCACCACCCCUUCCACCCUGUCUGCGCUCGGCGUUGGUGAGCUGAAUGCGCAGCAGAAGCAAAACAACGAAUGUCUGUCGGCGGAGAACCUUUCCAAUCUGCAACUGUUGCAGAACAAACCGCGCAGCUUCUCGCUGACGAUGGAGAGCCCACGGUCGUCGCUAGCAUCGAGCGGUUCCGAUACGCAGCUGGACGACUACAAGCAGGGCAGUGGUUUGAUGAAGCUGUACGGUGGACAGCCAAACAUCGGUAUGUCCAGCAUAGCGCACUGGCUGAAGAGUUUGCGGCUGCACAAGUAUGUGUGGUUGUUCUCGAAUCUAACGUACGACAAAAUGCUCGGCAUUACGGAAGAGUACCUGCAGAAUCUGGGUGUGACGAAGGGUGCCAGGCACAAGCUGGCCAUCUGCAUACAAAAGCUAAGGGAACGUUACGGUACGCUGUUGCAGCUAGAGAAGGAUCUGAUAGCGGGCCAAAAGGCACAACUUGGCAUUGUGCUGGAGGAAUUAACCAACAUCGUGCUAACGCCGAUGAAACCGAUCGGUAUGGAUCAAACGGAGGAUAUUGCUGGACAGUUUGUAAAAGUUUUGGAUCUAGUUGGUUCCAUCAUAGUAAUGCGACCGGUCUGUAACCAGCAGGACGAAGAGUACCUGAACAUUUUCCUGUGGAUUGUCGAGCGCGCCCUGCACAACGACGCCUUUAUUGCACACUCUGCCCAAUUGAAGGAUCAAAAGUACAAAGUGUCAAAGAUAAAGAUGCAAAUUGCGCCAAAGAGUGGACACUUCACGAAGAGUGUGAACGUUGCUGGACCUGGUAUGAACAAGCCAAGAUGGUCUGCAAACAACAAACAUAAACCAGUGAAUGUCAACGAAUCGCAAGCGAAAACACAUCGCAAAAGUUCAGUCCCGUACUUUGUACCACCGAGUCAUGCCGGUGCGGGUCAGCAAGCAUCCGUGUGUUCGUCGCAACAAACUCACUCCCAUCUACAGGGUGCAUCGUCGCAGGUCAUGGCGGCUCAUCAGUAUUUCCACCACGCUAGCGCCGGCAGCAAUGCCACCGGCAGCACGGCCAACUAUAACAAAAGCUCCUCCUAUCCUAGUUUCGCUUCUACUCUGCACAAUGGUAGCGGCGGGGCAGGUAAUGGUGGUGGUGUCAUGAAACCGAUAAUUACCAACAACCCGUCCAUCCAACAAACCAACCAUCACCAGCCACCGCUUCCCCAUAAGCAAACCACACAGGCUCCCUCGCUGCAACCGCCAGCGAUGCAGCAUCCAAACUUUAUGUUUCAUCGCCAUUCGUUGAGCAACAUUACGCAUCACCAUCACAAUACCAACCCGUUGGUACCUCCACCGGCCAUAUUCCUGAACAAUCUGUGCUCCGUGUCGGGUGAAAAUCGAUCCACCGUUGGGAAGAUUGUGGAUAAAGGAAACGUUGCUAUGAAACAGCUUUCCGGUGGGGGUUUAAUGUCUGGUGGAGAACAACCGCUGCUGACUAAGGAUAGUGGCCAGUGCGAUAACAGUAACAGUCAGAAUAACCACAACAGUAGCAUCGUUGAUAUCAACUCGCGACUCGAAUUUCUUUGUCGGCAGAUGACGGAGCAGGCGAUAAAUUAA